AUGUCAACCGAUAAGGUGCCGCCGAUAUCGCCAUCGAAAAGUCGCAGACAACUGCGCGAACGUAAACAAAAGAAGCUGUAUUCGGAUGAUUGGACGCUCGGGGACGAUGAUUACGAAGGUGCGAGAGGAUUCAGCGUGGCGGAAAAGUUGGAAUCACCCCGAUUCGCACAGUCCGGCAUGGUGCGGGAAAUGAAAGGCGAAAAUCUAACAGUCGGGUUUUUGCAACAGAAUGGCUUCAACAUUCCCCUGCUGUUCAAGGAGAAAACCGGUCUUGGACUGCAGGUGCCGACGGCCAACUUCUCCAUCAGCGACGUCCGGAUGUGCGUCGGUUCACGCCGCGUACUAGAUGUGAUGGACGUCAACACGCAAAAGAACGUCGAGAUGACGAUGAAGGAGUGGGAAAAGUACUACGAAGACCCGGUGAAGAAAAAGCUGCUGAACGUGAUAUCGCUCGAAUUUUCACACACCAAGCUGGAGAACUACGUGCAAAGUCCGGCGAUCGUGCGUCAAAUCGACUGGGUGGAUGUGGUGUGGCCGAAACAGCUGAAGGAAUCACAGAUCGAAUCGACCAACCUGCUGAACGAUAUGAUGUACCCGAAGGUGCAGAAGUACUGUCUGAUGUCGGUGAAAAACUGCUACACGGACUUUCACGUCGAUUUCGGCGGCACCUCGGUUUGGUAUCACAUUCUGCGUGGCAGCAAAGUUUUCUGGUUGAUACCGCCGACCGAGAAAAACCUGCAACUGUACGAGAAGUGGGUACUGUCCGGCAAGCAGUCGGACGUGUUUUUCGGUGACACGGUGGAAAAGUGCGCCCGAGUGUACCUGACGGCCGGCAAUACGUUUUUCAUACCGACCGGUUGGAUCCACGCAGUGUAUACGCCGACGGAUUCGCUCGUAUUCGGAGGUAACUUUCUGCACUCGUUCGGCAUCGUCAAACAGUUGAAGAUCACCCAGGUCGAGGAUAAUACGAAGGUGCCACAGAAGUUUCGGUAUCCGUUUUUCACCGAGAUGUUGUGGUAUGUGCUGGCAAAGUACGUGUACACGCUGCUGGGACAUUCACAUCUCGAGGGUGAACCGGGUCGGGAGCACGAGCUGGCCGGCAAACCACACGUACACCUGACCCAUUACGAGCUGUUCGGGUUGAAGGACAUUGUGAUGUACUUGUACGAUUUGCCGGCCCAGAAGAAGAACGUGCCGGAGUUGAUUAAGGAUCCGGUUGCGCUGAUUAAGGAUGUGCGGACAUUGGUCGAGCGACACUGCAGAGAUGUACCGGAGAUGGCCGUUACCGGUGUGCCAGUGUUGCAUCCAGAUUUGAACGUGAGCAACAAUUCGUAUAUCCGCGAGCAUUAUGAGUAUUAUUCGGGCGAUGGCGGUGGAAAUCGUACGACCGACAACGAGGGACCGUUAGAUGACCGAGCCGCAAGUGCAAACCGGGGUGAUGAUGAGGAGGACGAUGAUCCCGAAGAAAUGGGGGACCGUCGUAGGCUUCAAGAGGAGCAUAAAAAUGGUGACAACCGGGUGAAUGAUGGCGAAAGUGUAACAGGGCAUAGGCCGUCUCACCAUACUCAACAGCAGCAGGAUCACCAUUCAGAACAGAAUCAUUCCCAACUUCGUCACAAUCAUGUGGGGCAGCGUAAGGAUUUAUCGUGUGACACGGGUGAAGCGGGACCGGUGGUAGCGUCGCUCGGUUCCUCCCGUUCACCGAUCGGCAGUUCGAACGGGGGUACCACAAUGGGUCCACCCGCCCGGUACACUAAUCAUCAUUCGGGCAAUGGUGACGAUCGUAACUUUGUCUCGCCCCAACCGACGAGUGGCAACCGGUUGCCUUCGAGUGGCGUUAAUGUUGGUGGUGGUCGAGGACCGUACAAGAAGCACGGUACCGGUAACAGUGGACACAGUGAUAGGCGGGAUGGUGGUGGUAAUGGGCCGCGCAGGCGGCGGACACGAUGCAAAAACUGUGAGGCAUGCCAGCGGUCCGAUUGCGGGGAGUGUAGUUUCUGUCUUGAUAUGGUGAAGUUUGGCGGUCCUGGCCGGGCAAAGCAGACGUGCAUGAUGCGGCAGUGCUUGCAGCCAAUGUUGCCGGUAACGGCACAGUGUAUCCAUUGCAAUCUGGACGGUUGGCGUCAGGCACCGAUUACGGCACCGGCGCAGGCAAAAUUGCAGGCACAAAUGCAGGAGGGUCCGUCUGCGCUGAUGGAGUGUUCGGUAUGCUACGAGAUAUCGCAUCCAGACUGUGCUCAGCGUGCUGCGCCGGAAGCCCAGGGGAUCGUAAACGAUGAUCUGCCCAACAGUUGGGAAUGUCCCACGUGCUGUAAAAUGGGCAAAAAUACGGACUAUAGGCCUCGACAUUUUCGAGCACGACAAAAAUCUUCCGAAAUACGUCGCAUGUCAGUAAGCAGCGACGCAUCAUCCGCACACAACGCUGAGUUCGGUCGAAUAGGCAGUGGUGGCCACGGUGGAAGUGGUGGCGAGGGAUCGGUGAAUAGUACCGGAGAUGGCAUCAUGUCUGGAUCAAACGUUUCUGCACCGAGAGCGCCACGUUUUCAGGAUGACAUGUUGUAUGAUUUUGCUGUGUCGGGGAGUGCGGUCAUAGUCGGUAGUAAAGGUGGCAACAUCCUGUUUGAGCGCAAACCCAAGAUCAAGGAUGAAGAUAUUUCGAGCGGCUCGGAAAACGAUGCUUCCGGUGUGGGGAAGAAAAUGCACAUACAUUCGCUCAACUCUUCCAGUGCCGGCACGAUGGGAGGUACAGUGAAGGUGGAAGUUAAGGAUGAACCGUUGGACGGUGCUCACGGGUAUAAUUCAAACCAGCAUACGACAAGCGUAAUAAAAGAUGGGCGUGAAUUACAACGCGAGCAGCUGGCAUCGACCGGCGGAGGUGGUGGUAGUAUUCCGGUGAAGCGAAGAAAGAGUGAAGAAGGUGGUGCCAUAAAUGUGAACCACGGUAAUAAUAAUCAUGGUAUCGGGCAGGUUGUCAACGAUGGGCAUGAUACAAAGAACAAUCAUGGUACGCUGCCGCGGAAAAAGUCCUCCCAACGGAUGCAGUUGGCUCAUCAGAUCCACAGCACAUCAACGAAAGCAAUGAAGAAACCACUGUACCCGAUCCGCCCAGCUUCGGUCACGCACACACCGACGAUGCCAUUGUCCGGGAAUUAUGCCCUGGAUGCUACCUGUUUAUUGGCUGUGUUUCGUUACCUACCCCCGGAGACGCUUGCGACCUGUACGAUGGUGUGUAAGACGUGGUCCAACAUAGCUGUCGAUCAAUCGCUCUGGAAGCGUAUGAACUGUGCCGAGUACAAACUGUCCCCCAACUUGCUGUCAGCGAUCGUGCGUCGGCAACCGGAACAUUUGAUAAUGGAUUGGAUAGGGCUUGGCAAACGGCAGGUCACGUGGCUCAUAUCGCGCAUUCCCGGGCUCAAGAAUCUCUCUCUGCAAGGCACACAUAUACAGGCCGUGCUUGGACUGCACACUUGCAUGUGCCCUCCGCUGCAGGUGCUUGAUUUAAGUUUUAUUGCGGGGUUGAAUGAUUUUGCGAUUAGGGAAAUACUAUCGCCCCCGAAGGAUUCACGCCCCGGUCUGGCCGACUCCAAGUCGCGGCUGCGUAACCUUAAAAUGCUGAAGGUAGCUGGGGCCGAUAUCUCGGAUGUAGCAUUGCGCUACAUUACCCAGGGCUUACCGAACCUCACACAUCUCGAUCUGAGCUCGUGCCAGCGGAUUACGGAUGCGGCCAUCGCACAGAUUGGCACUUCACCGGCAGCCAUUAAAACGUUGAUUGAGCUGGACCUAAGUUGCUGCAAACUGAUUACGGAGCUAUCACUGGACCAUCUCGCCAAAUGUGACGCUUUAACGCGGCUUGAUCUCAGUCACGUGCCGCAGGUAAGCACACAGUCGAUGAUCAAGUUUGCAUCCACCUCGAAGAACGAUCUACAGCUUCACGGCAUUAAGCUAGCGGACAAGCGGAAACCCCCUGCCCAACAGCAACAACAGUCGCAGAAGGCACAGUGA